GCCAAAUGUCAAAUUAACUGUCAAUUGUCAUUUUGUUUUAAUUUUAUCUGCGAACUGCGGACAAAGCCAAAUUUUUGAAGAUGAGUCGUAUCGAUUCGCCAUCCAUCGGAAUGGACGAGGACAUCGGUGCUGGUCAUGCUUUGAGCGACUUCCUGCUGCAACUUGAGAACUACAACCCUUCUAUACCAGAUUCGGUGGUUGCUUAUUACCUAAAUAUAGCUGGGUUUGAAUCUCAGGAUCCUAGAAUGAUAAGGCUGAUAGCGCUCGCGUCUCAGAAGUUUCUCUCGGACAUCGCAAACGAUGCAUUGCAGCACUGCAAGAUGCGUACCUCAAGCCAAAUCAACCAGAGCUCCAAAAACGCUAAAGGACCUAAGGAAAAGAAAUAUGUUAUGACCAUGGAGGAUUUAGUGCCAGCACUACAAGAAUACGGCAUUUCAGCAAAGAAACCUCAUUAUUAUGUUUGAAAUUUAGGAUUAAUUGAAUUAUAGAAAAAGUAUAGCUGAUUUAUUUGAAUUUUUGAAACACACUUUUUGAAUGUGACGCAACGUUUGUAGUGUGAUUCUAAUGUCAUGGGGAAACUAAGGUGGCUACAGUCCAAUUCAAACUUUAUGACUUCACGAGCUUCGUGAGUUUCGCAGAAAUUACAGCAAUGCGCAGAAUUCAUCAGUGUCAGCCUAGGGGCCAUUCAAAUAAUACGUAAGCACUAUAGCGGGGAAAAUAAGCAAAACAAAGACCACCCGUCUUUGUUUUUCUUAUUUUUGAUGUCUUGACAGUGGGGUAUCGUUCUAGGAAUCUAGAUGAAGAUUACGUCAGCAGUCGUUAUUAAUGUAAGUAGUUAUGAGAGUAGGGGAAUAGGGGGUAAAAGCUUUGCUUACUUUUGCUGAAAAGGAGGAGGGGGGGAGUAAAUAAUUGUAAUAAAUCUGCUUACGUAAUAUUUGAAUGACCCUCUAUCAUCGGGAUGGUACAGUUGACUACAUGCGCCAAAAACACUAAGUUCCGCGACAGCAUAAAGUUUGAAUCGGACUGUACCACAUCUUCCUGAACUCUGACACUAUGAAAACUUAUGUACUAAAUAAAUGGGAAAGGGAUAUAGAAUA